UCUCUGUUGGUUUCUAUGGGAGGCGGCGGCUGCCCUCAUAGCUCCACGAGCGUCCCUGCUGCGCCCCCUUGUACGCACGCGCAGCUCCCUUUCUCUCUUCUCCCUCCCCUCGCCGCAUGCGCGUUGGGAGCCUUGAGCCAUGAGGGAGCGCGGGCGGAAGAGCGGGGCCGGGACGGGCUUGUACGGCGCGGCGGCCUCGAUCCUGGCUGGGCUGGAGCGCCGGGAGGGCGCCCUCAAGACCCUCGUCUACGGGAGCCGCUUCCAGAACCCCCGGCUGCUCUGCGCCCUCGUCUCAGAGACCCUUCGCUAUUCCCCUGUGCUGGACUCUCUCUUGGAUGCCGCUGGUUUGCUCCGUGCAGAGAAGAAGCUGCAGCCACAGCUGGCAAAAGUGCUGGUGUACGACUUACUCUUUGGCAAGGGCUUGCGUGGUGGGGGGCGCGGAAAGGCCCUUGUGCUCAAGCACCGUGCCCGGCUGCAGGCCGAACUCGCUCGCCUGAAAGUCCAGAAGAAGCGUUUUUGUUUCCAGCCCCUCAUGUGCCACGCUACGUCCGAGUGAACUCUUUAAAGACCUGCGUAGACGAUGUCGUUGACUUCUUCAAGCGCUACGGCUAUGCCUUCCUGGGCAAAGCAGCCAGCAUGGAGGACGUGAGCUCCUUGUCUGGGAAGAAAUUCCUGCUGGACCCCCACCUUCCCGAGCUGCUCAUUUUCCCCCCGCAGACAGACCUCCAUGAGAACCAGCUCUAUGUGGCUGGGCACAUCAUCCUUCAGGACAAGGCCAGCUGCCUGCCUGCUUUCCUCCUGGACCCCCCACCAGGCUCCCACGUGAUAGAUGCUUGUGCUGCCCCCGGCAACAAAACCAGCCAGCUGGCUGCUAUCCUAAAGAACAAGGGCCAGAUCUUUGCCUUCGACCUUGAUGCCAAGCGGCUGGCCACCAUGAGCACCAUGUUGGUCCGGGCAGGGGCCACUUGCUAUCAGCUGGCACACCAAGACUUCCUAGCCACAGACCCUGAAGACCCCAAAUACAGCUGUGUGAGAUAUAUCCUUCUGGACCCCUCCUGCAGCGGCUCAGGAAUGGCCAGCCGGCUGCCAGUUGAGGAGGAGGAGAGUGCCAGCCUCCCGGAACGCCUGCGGGCACUGGCCAGCUUCCAGCGGAAAAUGCUGGCUCAUGCGCUGAGGUUCCCUGCUCUCCAGCGCCUGGUCUACUCUACCUGCUCAGUGUACCCGGAGGAGAAUGAGGCCGUGGUGCUGGACAUGCUGGAGCAGCUGGAAAAGGAUUUCAGGCUGAUGGAAGUCCUGCCCUCCUGGACCCAUCGGGGCUUGGCCACGUUUGCUGAGGCCAAGUGCUUCCUCAGAGCCUCCCCAAAAGAAACGCUGACCAAUGGCUUCUUUGUGGCAGUCUUGGAAAGGCGACAUGUGGGAGGCAGCCUGGGGCCAAGUGCCCCACAACAGUUCCUGCAGGCUGGCGGUAAAGCAGGUGCAGACCCCACUCCUCCUCCCCGCAAGAAGAAGAAGAAACGGAGUUGAGGGGCUUCGUGGAACGGAGUGACCAAGGCCUCCUGGGGAGACCAUCACAAAGCCACACAGGGAGCCAGUUCCAACAGGGCGUGCACCAGUGGAGGCGGCCGCUGUGCCACAGAACUGCAGGGCUGGGGGGAUGCUUGUAGCUUCCGGAAUAAAAGUUUGCACAGAC